AUGAGCUCGACGACAACAACAACAAACAGCAUACGUGUUGCCUUACAAAUUGAAUGUGAAUUAAAAGAUGGAGGAAAUCAGUCUGUCUGUCGAAUUGAAAGUUUUUCGGGAAUAUUAAAAACUAAGGAGGACAAAACCUGA